UAAAUGAGAGUGUUGAUUAAUUGGACCAUUAGUUAACAAUUACUACUGAAAAAUGUAUCUUAAAAUAAAUUUUAUUGUUGUGCUAUUCUUGUGUCUGUGUUUAGUGAAUCAUGUUUUAAGUUCGCGAAUACUUUUCGUUAUGAUGGCUCCAUCGUUAAGCCAUCAUUUAUUCUAUCAGCGUUUAAUAAAAGAGCUAUCAUUGCAAGGACAUGAUAUUGUCUCGAUUACUCCCGAUCCGAUAGAUGAUGUAAAAUUAACAAAUCUAACCGAAAUCAGUAUUAAUAAAGAAACAUACGGUGUGUUUCAUGCUCAAAAAUGGCUAGAAGUUGCUCAAUAUAAAAAACUUUCAGGAAUACAGCAAUUGCGCUAUUUUUUACCAGAUUUCGCAAAAACAGCCGAUCAAGUCUUGAGUGCAUCUCAAGUUCAAGAAUUAAUUCACAAUUCCAAUGAACAUUUUGAUUUGGUGAUUGUAGAAAUGUUAUUCUAUAAUGCUCAUUUCUUUGCAUUUGCGGAACGAUUUCAGUGUCCUCUUAUAGGAUUGGCUUCUUUGGAGACGACUAUUAAUGGAAUGGAUGCAAUUGGAAAUCCUCCGGAUCCCAAUUAUUAUGGUAGCUGGUUAACGGAGUUUUCUGGUGCAAAUUUGAAUUUUUGGGAACGUUUACAGUUAUUCUGGCAUCAUAUUGAUUUUCGAUAUUUUUAUCAUUACCAGUAUUUGCCAAUUUCCGAUGCUAUGAUUAUCAAACACUUUAAUAUAACUAAUAAAACUGCAUGGGACUUGGAGAAAUCUGUUGAUUUAAUAAUGACAAAUACAAAUCCAGUAUUUCAUAUUCCUAGACCGAAAGUACCAAAUCAUAUUGAUAUUGGGGGAAUGCAUUGGCGUGAACGAAAACCUUUACCCGAAGAUCUGAAACAAUUUUUGGAUGAAUCAAAACAGGGUGUCAUUUAUAUUAGUUUGGGUUCAAAUGUCAGAAGUAAAAGUUUGCCCGCCGAUAAAAGAACAACGAUUCUGAAUGUUCUCCGACAGUUGCCUUACAAUGUCUUAUGGAAAUGGGAAAGCGAUUCUUUGCCUGAUAAACCAGGGAAUGUCUUAACGAAAACUUGGUUGCCACAACAAGAUGUAUUAGAUCAUCCCAAUUUGAAAGCGUUUGUUACUCAAGGCGGUAUACAGUCCAUGGAAGAAGCCAUUCGAAGUGCUGUGCCAUUUGUUUGUGUGCCUUUUGGCGGUGAUCAACAAUUUAAUGCACGCCGAAUUGAUGAAUUAGAAAUUGGUCGAUCGUUGCCGUUUAACGAUAUUACUGAACAAACACUUUUGGAUGCCGUAACUGAUGUAGCCACAAACCCAAAAUAUAAGAAAAGUGUUACAAAAUUUGCAAACAUUUUAUGGGAUCAACCUACAAAACCAUUAGAUCGUGCUGUUUGGUGGGUCGAAUAUGUUAUUCGUCAUGGUGGAGCCAAACAUUUACGUUCUCCCGCAGCUGAUUUACCUUGGCACAAAUAUUUAUUAUUGGAUAUUCUUGGUUUUAUUUUAGGUGUAGCAAUUUUCGGUUUAACGAUUAUAGCAAUUUCAUUAAAAUUAUUACUAAGAAUUAUUUUUGAGAAGGGUACCACCAAUCAUGAUAAACAACGCCCAAUGUUGAAGUGUAAUUCACGUAGGCAGUUAACAUGA